UAGACGAAAACAAUCAUGCUCGCAGAAGAAAGAUAUUUUGCUUUUGAAUUCGAACAUUACAUCGACGUCAAAGAUAUAUUUCUGUUGCGGUCAUCGCCGUGCAUUCACCGGAAGGAACAUUUUUUUCAUUGUUUACAACAUAUCCUUAAGCUUCGUAUCUACGUGUUCCCAUUAAGGGAAGAAUAAAAGAAGUGGAGAAUGGAGAUUCCAAAUCGUGAAAGAAGGCCGAUCGCUUAUUUGACUCGGAAGGCACAGAUAUCUUGCUGCCAUCGUUUACACAGCCCAUUCCUAAGCGAUAACGAGAAUGAAUUGAUAUACGGAAAGUGCAACAAUGUUUUUGGCCAUGGACAUAAUUACAUUGUGGAAGUAACCGUCCGCGGACCUGUGAAUCCGUUAACAGGAAUGGUUAUGAAUUUGGAAGAUUUAAAGGAUUGCAUGCAAAAGGUGUUGAUGGACAAAAUGGAUCACAAAAAUAUAGAUAAACAAAUUGAAUACUUUCAUAAAAUGGUUUCAACGACCGAGAAUGUUGCUAUAUAUAUUUUCAAUGACUUAAAAAAGCACAUGUCCAAUCCCGAAUUAUUAUAUGAAGUAAAGGUCCACGAAACUGACAAGAAUGUUAUGUGUUUUAGGGGGGAAUAUGAUGAAAAUGUAUCUUCUGCUUCUUAAUUAUUAGAUUAUUUAAUUGU